AUGGCGCUGGCAACUGCGACGAGCUCCGCUAAGACGGCGGCCUCCGCCGCCGCUGCCGUCAUUAUGAGAGUCAAUCCACUUCCGGCUCUCAUUUCCCGGUCACCUCCUUCAAUCCGCUGCUCUCUGGCGCGGAUUCACGUCCCGCCACUGACUACAACUUCCGUCGCGAAAUCCAUGGCGCCACAACAAUCGCCAAUCUCCCGCGGAAUUUCUCCCUUCGUAUCUUUCUGCACGGCGGCGGAGGGUUCCACCACGGCUACAGCCGCCGAUGGAGGCGAGAUUCAGAAGAAAGAAGAGACGGAGGGCGGCGGAAGUGGGAGUAUAAAGGAUGUAGCUAACCUGCUCGACUUAAGGGUUGGGAAGAUAAUCAAAGCUUGGAGACACGAGGAGGCCGAUUCGCUGUACGUGGAGGAAGUGGAUGUUGGAGAAGCUGAGCCACGCAUCAUAUGCAGCGGCCUUGUCAAGUACAUUCCCCUGCAGCAUCUCCAGGACAGGAAAGUGGUGGUUCUGGCUAAUUUGAAGCCCAGGAACAUGCGUGGGGUGAAGUCUAAUGGAAUGCUUAUGGCUGCUUCUGAUGCUGCCCAUGAGAAUGUGGAGUUGCUUGAGCCGCCGGAAGGUUCAAUCCCGGGGGAGAGGAUCUGGUUUGGCUCUGAGGAUGACAAAGAUGCUCAACCUGAGGCUGCAUCUCCCAACCAGAUUCAAAAGAAAAAGAUAUGGGAAUCUGUGCAGCCUCAUCUGAAGACAAACAAUGCCGGGAUAGCUGUGCUUGGCGGAGACGAUGAUCGUGAAAUGAGGACAUCUGCUGGUGUUGUAGUGAGCAAAACUCUGUCCAAUGCCAAUAUUUCUUGAUCAGGCUCUUGACUUUUGACACAUCGAAAAAUGAAAAUAAAGGUGGCAUGAGUACUCGAAAUCGUUGUUUCUUUGUUUUGCUGCGAAUUCAUUGAGAGCCAAGUCGAAUUAUAUUCAAUCCAGUCUGAUUAGUGAUUAUACCCAACAGCUAACCCUGCAACCCUGAUCAUAAUCUUGUGUCUAGUAGGGGUUUGGUAAGAGAAUUAACUAGGAAAGAAUUGACAGAUUUUUAGGAGAUUUAGAAUAUAGUGUUUGGAUGACGAUCUAAAGAAAUUUAACUGUAAUUGAUU